CCAUCUUAUAUCUUUCCCCUCAGAAACAAAACCCCCAACCAACUUUUUCAUUCAUUAGAUCUCGCCGCUGUCACCAUCCGUGCAAUUGCCGGUCACUUUGCUGCCGCGAAAUUUUUUGAUCUCCGAUCAGAGAUUGUACGGCGCAUAAAGCUCUAAUCCAUUCAUCAGAGAGGAAUACAUAUUGUCCACUGUCACUCUUGCCUCUGUUGUUGACUCAUCAAUGCCUUGUUGAUAGCAAGAAUUUCGUUUCUGGUGUCAGGAGAUUGACUUGAUAAAGGAUUUGAAACGGUAGACAAUGUCUUUCCAGAACAAGGGCUUUUGGAUGGCAAAGGGUGUUGGUUGUGUUACUGAUGGUGAGAUGGCAUACGAUAAUCCUUCGAGAAUUGAGCCAAAGCGUUCACAUCAGUGGUUCAUGGAUGGUACGGAGGAGCUAUUUCCAAACAAGAAGCAAGCCGUAGAAGUUCCUAACAGCAACUUGUUUCCAGGACUUUCAAAUCCAAACGUUUCUCCGUGGGCAAAUGCUUCUGGUUUUCACUCAGUCUCAGGUCAUUUCACUGAACGGCUAUUUGACCCUGAAGCAGCAAGAACUGUCAAUUUUGAUGACAGGAACAUUCCAUCAGUUGGUGCAGGAAAUAUGAACAUGGCAAGAAAAGUUAUUGAGGAUCCUUUUGGGAAUGAAUCCUUAUUUGGUUUAUCUAUGUCUCAUUCACUGGAAGAUCCUAGAUCAGGUCUUAAUUAUGGUGGGAUCAGGAAAGUUAAAGUCAGUCAAGUGAAGGACUCUGAGAAUAUUAUGUCUGUAUCAAUGGGACAUACCUAUACUAGGGCGGAUAACAAUACCAUGUCAAUGGCUCAUGCAUACAACAAGGGAGAUGGCAAUUCAAUAUCAAUGGGUCUUACUUAUAACAAAGGGGAUGAUAACAUCCUAUCAAUAAGUGACAGUUAUGGCAGGGAAGACAACAAUUUCAUAUCAAUGGGCCAAGCUUAUAACAAGGGGGAUGAAAAUAUAGCGAUGAGCCAUACCUACAAGGUGAAUAAUAAUACCAUAUCUAUGGGUGACGCAUUCGGAAAGAGUGAUGACAAUGUCAUAUCUAUGGGUCAAACAUACAAGGGGGAUGAUAAUACCAUAUCAAUGGGUCAAACGUUCAACAAGGCUGAUAACAGUAUAAUGUCCAUGGGUCAUACCUACGAUAAGGGGGGUGACAAUACGAUUUCAAUGGGUCACACAUUCAGCAAAGGAGACAACAAUAUCAUAUCUAUGGGUCAAACCUACAACAAGGGGGAUGACAAUACCAUAUCAAUGGGGCACAUCUAUAAUAAAGGAGAUGAGAAUACCAUAUCAAUGGGUCACACCUACAAGGGUGAUAAUAGUAAUUUGUCUAUUGGUCAUUCUUAUAACAAGGGAGAGAGUAAUAUAAUAUCUUUUGGUGGUUUCCAUGAUGAUGAUGAUGAUACAAAUCCCUCUGGGAGGCUUGUAUGCAGUUAUGACUUGUUGAUGGGUCAGCCAUCGGUUCAAAGGUCUGAGGCAUUAAAUGAGAAAAAAUUGGUUGAGUCAAAUGCUGAUGCGCUCAUAAGUACUGCUCAGAUAACUGCCUCCGGAUCUGAGACUGUUUCUAAGAAGAAAGAAGAGCAAAAACUGUCUAAGAAGGUUCCUCCAAAUAACUUCCCUUCAAAUGUCAGAAGUUUGCUAUCCACUGGUAUGCUGGAUGGAGUUCCAGUGAAGUACAUUGCCUGGUCACGGGAGGAACUCCGAGGUAUUAUAAAAGGUUCUGGAUAUCUCUGUGGUUGUCAGUCAUGCAAUUUCUCUAAGGUAAUUAAUGCUUACGAGUUUGAGCGACAUGCUGGUUGCAAGACAAAACACCCCAACAAUCACAUAUACUUUGAGAAUGGAAAGACUAUCUAUGGGAUUGUCCAAGAGCUUAAAAGCACCCCACAGAAUUCGUUGUUUGAUGUUAUUCAGACAAUUACUGGUUCACCUAUUAACCAGAAGUCCUUCCGUCUUUGGAAAGGUGAUGCAUACAUUUUUUUUUCCUUUUGGUUCCUGGUGACAGUUUUACACAUAUUGGGAGUUCAGCAUCUCCAUUUUCUUAUAUAGUGGCAUUUCUUUUCUUCCCCCUUGCACUCUUUCUUCUCUCAGAAUCCUUUCUGGCUGCAACUCGUGAACUUCAGCGUAUAUAUGGAAAAGAAGAAGGGAAGCAAUUGUCAUGAAGAAGCUUUGUUUAAAUUGUAAGGUAGGGUCAUCUAUGUUUUGUGCAUAGAAGUAUACAUCUUAUGACAGUAUCUUGUACUCAUUUAUGAUAAGUUUGAGUGUGUGUUUUUUUCCCUGGUUUGAGAUAGAUGUUGUGGUGAAACCAGGGGAUCAACUUCACAGCACAUAGAAAAGAACCCAUUUCUCUUGUCAUUGGAUGUAUGUUUAUGAUUGUCUUGUGUUGUUCUUAAACUUCUUGAUGGAAAAGUAAAAUGCAAGAUGUUUUACUUGUUAUCAUAAAA